AUGUCACAAGUUCGUGAAACAAAACCGCAUCGAAAAGAUAAAACGGCUGGCAACGUGCAUCAGACUGGCUCCACACAAAAAAAGCAUAGCUCUAAUCCGCAGCAAUCAUCGUCACCCCAAGCGGCUAAUCGCUUGCCAAAUAAAUCAAUCCGAUUCCACGUAUGCAAUCGGUUGAAAUCAGAAUCAAAUUAUAAAAUAAUUCAGAUGUUCGUCGAUGAUACAAUCGAGUCACUAAAAAAAGAAAUUAUUCGAGAGUUCUUCUUAUCAGGCACACAUGUAUCAACUUUAUGGAAAUGGGAACAUUCAUCAGGUUGGACGAAACUUAUAUAUGAUUCAAAAAAUGAGACACUUCUGCAACACGGCUUAACUGAUGAUUUCCGGAUUGGAUAUGAAGUAUCGACACAAACUUCUACCAAACAAAUACUUGGUCUACGCGGUCUUCCGAACAUAGGCAAUACCGGUUAUAUUAAUAACGCUAUACAAUGUUUGAGCAAUGUUCAAGAUUUAAAAGACUAUUUUCACAAAGUCGAUCGACCAAAUUUGAAUAAACAUACUCCACUUACAAUAGCUUUUCGUAAUCUUAUAAAGGAUAUUUGGUCAGAAGAAUACACAAAUUAUCCACCCAAUCCAACAGCAAUGCAAGAUUACAUGAGUCGAUUGUCAUCAAGGUUUGGCAAUAGUCGUCCACAAGAUUCACAUGAAUUCAUGAUUACAUUGAUAAAUGCAAUACACGAAGAAUUAAAAACUGAUGAAGGUCAUUCAAAAAUUCAAGAAUUAUUUCAUGGUGAAAUACAAUCAACUGUUACCUGUUCACAAUGCAAAAUUCCAUUUUAUUCCCAUGAUUUGAUUACAAGUCUUGCAUUACAAGUUCCCGAAGAGCAAUAUUCAUCCUCAUGUAACCAAUCAUCGUCAUCGGUUACGUUACGAGAUUGUAUUCAAACAUUAACAAAACGUCAAACGUACAGUAACGAGGAUCAGUGGUAUUGUAACAAUGUUGGUUGUGAGCGGUUCACAGAUGCAGACAGAAAACUCGAUAUAUGGAAAUUACCAAAAGUACUAAUUAUACAAUUGCAACGUUUUCGUUCAGAUCUUCGAACAGAUAGAAAAAUAGAAACAUUUAUUAACUAUCCGCGAAACAAUUUAGACUUAAACGAAUUUGUAGAAGGCCCCGAAAAAAAUAAGGGAAUUACAUAUGAAUUGAUAGGUGUUUCUAAUCAUUCGGGUAGCAUAUUUAGUGGUCAUUAUACAACAUAUGCAAGAAAUGAUGUAAAUGGCAAAUGGUACAAAUUCGAUGAUAGUACGGUAGAAGAAAUAGAUGAAGAUAAAGUAAUCAGUCAGAUGGCCUAUAUACUUAUUUAUCAACAAAAGCAAGACUGCAUUUCCGUCAUCGAUAAUGUGGUUCGAUUAAACGUGUAUCACAAGACUGCAACAGAGCCAAAUGCUAAAAUAAUUAAAAUGCCUAUUAAUGGUACAUUCGAGUUACUAAAAACCAACAUUAUUGCUGCCUUCUCAUUACCUUUCACAGUUGUAUCAACUUUAUGGAAAUGGGAACCUUCAUCAGGUUGGACGAAACUUAUAUAUGAUUCUAAAAAUGAGACACUUCUGCAGCACGGCUUAACUGAUGAUUUCCAGAUUGGAUAUGAAGUAUCGACACAAACUUCUACCAAACAAAUACUUGGUCUACGCGGUCUUCGGAACAUAGGCAAUACCUGUUAUAUUAAUAGUGCUAUACAAUGUUUGAGCAAUGUUCAAGAUUUAAAAGACUAUUUUCACAAAGUCUAUCGACCAAAUUUGAAUAAACAUACUCCACUUACAAUAGCUUUUCGUAAUCUUAUAAAGGAUAUUUGGUCAGAAGAAUACACAAAUUA